CCGUCGGCAUGCAGCCCUCGACAGCUCGAUAUUUAUGCUCUUUCAUUCCUCAUACCCAAUGCACCCCCAAAGUCAAGAAUAUCGAUUGAACCUUCGAAAUUUUCCGACUUCAUCCUACCUACCUCAAACGGACUCUACUAUACUCGGAUGAGCGUCGAACUUCUACAGCGCAUACUCUUCACCCCAUUGCGUGCUGUCUCAAGAAACGAAAACAUCAGCCACAACGCCCACUACUCUUCACCAUGGGAACACCUUUCGUCUCCCUCCUCGAGCCGACCGGGCUAGAUGCCUAUAUUCGUGGCGUGCCACAUGACGAGCAGCCGGCGGCGAUCCCCAAAGAGUUCUGCGACGCCAUGGAGGUGCGCGAGGCCGUCUUCGUAGAGGAGCAGAAGGUGCCCGCCGAGAACGAGUUCGACGCCGAUGACAGCCGCGCCUGUCACUGGAUUGCGUACGCAUCCGUCAACAAGGUCGUCGAGCAGGAGGUCGUCGACGCCGCCGGCAACAUCGUCAAGCCCCGCCGCAGUAGCACCCGCAGCACCCCCAUCGGCACCAUCCGCCUCGUGCCCUUCCCCCACGCCCCGCACCCCAAGAACGGCGGUGUCUACUGGGACGGCGUGCUCAAAGAGGGGCCGGACGCCGAAGGGGCCAAUUUUGCGCCGGCGGCCCACGAGAGGGCGAACGCGAACGCGAACGCGAGCCCGGUUAACGGACAGGCCGAGACGGCCGCGGAGCACGUCGGCGGCGAGAGACGGCUGUCCGCGAUCAAGGUCUUUGCGCCGGAUCGCGCGACAGAACUGCAUGACGGCAAGGAGCCCUACGUCAAGCUUGGCCGGCUGGCCGUGGUUCGGGAGUUUAGGGGCCACCGAAUCGCGAGGCUGCUGGUGACGACGGCGCUCGCAUGGCUGCGGACGCACCCGAGCUACUUUGACCCCAGCAUCAAGGAGAUGGGCCUCGAGCAGAUCGGCGCCGCGAGCGCCGAGGAGGUACCCAAGUGGAAGGGCCUCGUGUGUGUGCACGCGCAGGCCGCCGUCGUGGGCGCCUGGGAGAAGUUUGGGUUCCAGGUCGACGAGGGCAUGGGGACCUGGUGGGAGGAGGGCAUUGAGCACAAGGGCAUGUUCUUGCGGUUGGAUGUCGGGGAGAGGACACCUAUUUUCUGAGGUGUGA